AUGCGCGCGACCGCGGCGGGGACAGGGACGGCGGGCACGGCCGCCGCGAGCUCGGGGAAAGCGCCGCCGACCACGCCGGCUGACGGGGACGGGCGCUUCAGCGUCCUCAGCUGGGAGCAGGUGCAACGGCUGGACCACAUCCUGGAAGAGGCCGUCCCCAUCCACGGCCGAGGCAACUUCCCCACCUUGUCGGUGCGGCCCCGCAGAAUCGUGCAGGUGGUCCGUAGUCGUCUAGAAAAGCAAGGUAUCACUGUCCACAAUGUGAGGUUGAAUGGCUCAGCAGCUAGUCAUGUGUUGCACCAGGACAGCGGUCUGGGGUAUAAAGAUCUGGAUCUCAUUUUUGGUGUUGAUCUGAAAAGCGAGGAUAUUUUCCAGCUGGUAAAAGAUGUAGUGAUGGAUUGUCUCCUGGAUUUCCUCCCAGAAGGGGUAAACAAAGAUAAGAUCACUCCCAUGACUCUGAAAGAGGCCUAUGUGCAGAAGUUGGUGAAAGUGUGCAAUGACACUGACCGCUGGAGCCUUAUAUCGCUGUCAAACAACAGUGGGAAGAAUGUGGAACUCAAAUUUGUAGACUCUCUCCGGCGGCAGUUCGAGUUCAGCGUUGAUUCUUUCCAGAUCAUAUUAGACUCACUAUUGCUCUUUGGAGAGUGCUCAGAGAAUCCAAUGUCUGCAAACUUCCACCCUACUGUCACUGGGGAGAGUAUGUAUGGGGACUUUGAGGAGGCGAUUGAUCAUCUGAGGAAUCGAAUCAUAGCUACAAGGAAUCCAGAGGAAAUCAGAGGAGGUGGGCUUCUGAAGUACUGCAACCUCCUCGUGAGGGGAUUUCAACCUAAAUCAGAAGUUGACAUGAAAGCCUUGCAGAGGUACAUGUGUUCGAGGUUUUUUAUAGACUUUCCUGACAUUGGGGAACAGCAACGAAAGUUGGAGUCUUACCUCCAAAGUCACUUUGUAGGGAUGGAAAGCAAAAGGUAUGAUUGCCUGAUGACCUUACACAGAGUGGUAAACGAGAGUACGGUGUGCCUGAUGGGACAUGAAAGACGACAGACGCUGAACCUCAUUGCCAUGUUGGCCCUCAGGGUCCUGGCUGAACGGAACAUAAUUCCAACUGUCACAAAUGUGACUUGUUAUUAUCAGCCAGCACCAUACAUCAGUGAAAUAAACGUCAACUAUUACGUUACCCACAUGCAACCUCUUCUGCCUUGCAGUCACUCCUACCCAACAUGGCUCCCCUGCAACUGAAUACUGAAAAAAGCUCCAGUCUUUGUCUUCUCAAGGAGCAGAGGCUGUGUGUUCAGAAGAAAAAAAAAUAGGUCUCUUGCUCUGAGUAUCUUGCUCCUACAUUGGAAUUAUAAGUCUACUUAAUCCUGGGAAAUUGUGCAGUGAUAUGUCUAAUUACCAGAGAUGUUUACAGGAAAAAAAUGCUUGAAUUAAUGUGUAAGGUGGGUGGAAAAAGGAUUAGGUUAAAAGCAGAGCUGCACUACCUUAAAUGCAAGCUGUUUUUUUUUUCUUUCUUAGUGCAAGAAGCAUUAUGGGCUGUGCAGACUCUAUUUUUUCUGAACAUAUUUCAAAGUGGUUAAUUCCUUUUAAGGGACCAAAGAAAUCUUAUACAAGUGCCUGCAACCAAAAAAGAAAUACUGUAAUUUUUUUUGUAGUGGCAGAAAUCUAUAUUGACAGCUUAGUUAUGGAUGUUUGCCAGGAAUUUUUGGUUUUAGGAUCACACAUUCAUUUUUGUCAAGGGAAUUGAGGUAGGUAGAGGCUUUCCACAGCAGCCACUGUAACAUGGUUGCUGUCUGAUGGACCAGCAGCAUUGAUUAACAUUUAGCGCAGAGUUGGGAUGGGGAACUAAAUGGGGGCUCAAUUCAUAAUGAUAGAGAAUUUCUAAUGAGAUGGAUUAUGUGCCCUCAUUGCGAAAGCUACCGGAGAAAAUAGGAGCUACCCUGAAUUCAACUUAAUGUGCAGUGCCAAAACCCUUAACACAUUAAUUCCUCUUAAAGGAAAGUCUAUAGAUCAGUAUUUUGCUGUGUGGAUCAAUAUAUCUUUUGCAUGCAAGGAGCAGUAGUUCCCAGGCUUUAAAUAGUCUCUACGGCUGUCAAUGGUAUUAGAGUAAAAAUGAGCUGGACCAAAAAACAUAAAAAGAUAUAUGCAUAGCCUUUGUCCUGGUUAAAGGAAAGAACCAGUUAGACCUUGGCCCAGAAGUCCUCAGCUUUCUGUCUAAUAGCCCACUACCGUAUCUUGAGAACUGUGCUUCUCUUUCUGUUGGGUGUCUGUGACCACCUACUUGAUUCCAUGUUUGACUAAGGAAACAUUUUAACACUGCUUGUUGUGGCUGUGCAACACUUUAUAGUCUUAAUUUGACAAGGUAUCAGUGAUGUAUUGAAUCAAGUCAUCAAAUUGAGGACGAGAUUUAAUGCGUUGAAUCAGAUGAAGUGACCCAAUUUAGAUGACCUUUGUUUGAAUUGAACUUACAAAUUGGAUUAACACAAUUCAAAUCUGAUUUAAAAAAAAACCCAUUAGGAUCGGAUCUGAUUUGCACAGGCCCAUUGCCUUGCUUUUGCUUAUAAAACAUUGAUCUAGAGAAAAUUCCUCAUGUAUUACGCUUGCUACAGUAGAAUAAGUAGGAGAUGAGGGAGAGAGCUGUAGACAACUGUACCCAAGAUAUUGUUGGUGUCUUGUCAAAUUAGGUUUUGAAAUAAUUAUUUACCCAGCACAAUAAUCUUUCCUGUAUAUUUUUUUGGAUUGCAUAGAAAUUUUACAACAUAACAGAUUAGCUCAGAUUAGUUUAUACUUUUUAGGAAGCUGAGGCAGCAGAUAUUUUGGCUGUUGGACAUACCUGCGCUGUAAGGGAUACACAAAAAUGCUCCAUGGUGUAUCUUUGAAGGUUGACUUAUUUACUAAUCUGUUUUCUCUGCAAUCAAACUGUACCUUGUUGGAGCAGAUGAAAAAAAAAAAGAAAUAAAAUAUAUACUUGGAUUGUGUCUAGCUAACAUCCUGCCUCUUCCUGAGAGACAAUGAGCUGAGAUGGUAAGGCAGUUGUUUAAGAUUUGUUGACUAAUUGACCAAUACUUACCCCAACUUCACCCACUUUUUACAAGUUGUACAAGCUAAGAGAAACUUCUCAUUUUUGAUAAAUCCAGUGCUGUGUAAAUAGACUUCUUGAAUAUAUACCGGUAGGUGGCUUUAGAUGAUCUCUACUGGUGAAGUCUUCCAUAUUCUGCAGAGAACAUGGCUGCAGUGCCUGAUGAUUAAGGGGGCUGUCCUAGGUUUCCUUUGCCGCUUGAAAGAAGGCUCUGCUUUUCUAAACUGUCUCCUUUGACAGCCAUUUGAUAAUUCACAUUUACGAGGAGGGAAAUGGGUUUGCACUAAAACCGCACAACUGGCUGCCAGCAAUGUUUUUGGCUAAAAUGAUGGGUGAAAAUUUAAAUAGUAAAAAUGGCCUCUUUUUAAAAAAAAACAGAUCAAUGCUGUGUUUGGGGAAAAAAGUUCUCCCAUGUAAUCAAAGGCUUGCUGGAUGCUUUUUUAAAGCACUUUUUGCUGUAUAGAGAUGUGUGGUGAAAUAUAAGUAGAAGCUGCACCAGAUAUAUCUGCUGUGAUACUGCUGUUUUCCUUGUGUGCAUGAGAAUAUGCUGAAGAGUUUGACACUAUGAAUGGCACUUCUAGACUUGUGUUUGAAUGUGUUCUGCAGCUAUCAAAUCUGUCAUGCAAUAAGCCUGACAUAAGAACUUUGGAUUCUUUAGAAUCUGUCGCCAUAAAUAAAUACAAUGUAUUGAACUCUGUUGAAUUUACUUUACUUAAUCAUACCAAAGUACCAUAGUUUUAGUUUCUAACCCUCAAUUCUCUCUUUGGCCUCAAACAAAAUUGAUCUAAGUUAGCCUUCCCCAACCUGUACAUUCAAGAUAAACUAGACUACAAAGAAAGGCUGUUUUAGGCCACCCAACUUAAAAGGCUUCAGGAAUAAAGGUGGCUUCCAAAGUGCUAUCCUUUCUCCUCCUAAGUGCAUAACUGGCUUUUGCAGAGUAGGUGAAAAGAAGUAGGAAACGCCAUGCUGAAGUUUCACUGCAGUCUUCUGUCCCCUGCGAUUGUUGAUUGUAUCUUCUACUGAUGAUUGGAUGAUACUUGUCCCAGUUCAUAUAUGGUGCGAUCCGAGGCAGAGGGCUAACCACUCUAGAGUGCCAAAAGAAAAAAAAAGGAUAGGGAACAUUGCUACAGAGGAGUCACAUCAUUUCUGCCAAGAUACAAAAUGAUUCACAUCUUCCUAAUGCAAUAGUAUUUCAGUACAUAUUUAAAUUACCUUUCAAAACAGUUCUAGAUGGAGAGAGCAAAGAAAAAAAACCUCAUAAGUACAUGGGAUUUAUGCAUUGCCUUCUCUGCCAGGCCUCUGUUUAAUCAGUGGCCGCCUUAGCUGCUUACUAUGCUCUUCUUUCUAGAGUAAAUGGAGAGUGUUGAAUUGAGGCUUGGGAUGCUAUACUUCAAAGUAUCCUAUGUAUAUAGAGAACUAUAUCUUAACAUGGCUUGUGAAUUGCCAAAUUAUUAGUGAUAAUGGAUGCUUGCACGGGGGGAUAGCCUGGCUCUGUGUGCCUUCCAGAUACCUUAUACUGGUAUUCCAAAAACCAUUUGCUAUUGACUAGACACGUAAAUGAAAGUUAAUAUCUAAAGCUACUGGAAGACAUCUGGUGAUCUAGGCUGGUUCUGAUUUUAUCUCUAUCCUCUUUCAGUAGUCAUUCUUGGCUUUACUUGCUAUCCUCAGAACACUACUCAGUACAACCUUCCAUUGUGAAAUUAAUUUGGUCUUUAAACAUAAUAUGAUAUAGGUUGGGGGAGGGGGUCCUGCCAAGUUUUUACCUCUUAUGCCAUUCCAAUAGCACAAAUCCUGGUCCUAAUCCUGUAAUUGGCGGUUGUCUCUGAAACUGACCAGAGCAGCACAAACCACCUGAUGUGGAUGGCUUUUUCUAUUGUUGGAGCAGAUCACUCCUAAACAAAAGGAUGCUUGUGGAAAACACUAGUUGUGAUCUGAAAAGGGGCUUUCAAUGUUUUGAGUGUUUGAUCUCUUUAAAAAAAAAAAACCUAAUAAAAAAAUCUAUUUUCUCAAAAGUUGGUCUGUCAUUUUUAAUUGAACAGAAAAGCCAAUAUCAAAAUGAUGAAGGCUAACAGUAUAGUCAAUAAAAACCUUAUGUCCAGUCUAGUAAGCAUAUUGUUGGAGGAAUGUUUAAUCUGAGUGUAACAAAUUGGAAGAAUGCUCUACAGUACAGUCCAAUACUGGUUUAAUAGUAACCAUAGCAAUAAAUUAAAAAGUCUUGUCAAAAUGUAGUAAUGUGGGUGUAUUUAAAGGAUUGUAGGUGGGACAGCAAUUGAACAAAUCAAAUAGUAUUUUUAUUUCUAUUUUCUUAGGUUUGAUAUGGGUUUGGGAAGUUUGAUGAAUUGCUUACAGUGCUAUACUUUCUGGCAUGAAGCCUAUUUAUCAUGGUUAUACCUUGCCUAGAAUAUGACCUAGGUUAUAUACCAGUGAGCCAUGAUUUACUUAACUACAGUUCACAGGAUAAAUCACAAUGAGUGGAGUAGGUCUGUCCAAUAUACUGAGCCAAAAUUGAGCAAAAUAUAUAUUCAGGCAGAGGCUUGGUGGCUGAGAGUUUAAUCUGGAUGCUGGCUCCUUCCAACCUUAUGGUUCUAUAACUUUGUGUGCUUUGUGAACCAGUCCAUAUUUGUGUUCUGAUGUUUGCAAAAUUGCACUUCACAUCCAAGUUACUCCAACAUGACUUGUUUCCAUGCAAGGUAUUUAAAUUCAAGGGUAAUUUUAAAAAAAACUCAGAAGGAAGCAGCCAUUGCUAAGUCCUGUGCAUAGGCUCAUUGUGAUGUGACAGGUUCUUUCUGCCAAAAAAAUGUCGAGAAAUAGUGCUAUGGUGCUAUUCAAAUCAGCUUCUCUUAGUCCACAUGGAAAUGGUGUGAAAUUGUGCUGAAUUUUGGAUAGCAGUGUUGAUUGUCCAUUUGCUUGUUAAGCAUUGGUUGAGAAUGUGUAAAAAUAAAAGCUCUAAUUAUAUUGCAAAUCGUAUAUAUCUGAAGUAGAGAAGAGGAAACCAGUUGUCUCAAAAGGAAUGUAUCUGAAGGCAAAAACUACGGUAUAUGGUAUCCUCUGAUAUGUAGCUGCUUUUUUUCUGCUGAACACAGUGCAGAGAAGGAACAAGAUGAUGAAGAGAAAAUUAUUUUUAUCAUUAAAUUUGCCUGCAUCCUAUAUGCAUGUUUUCCUAUAUUUGGGAGUUCUUACAUAAUACUGGGCUUAAAAACCCCACCUUGUUUAUCAAUAGUUUUCUCCCCCUGUAAAAGAGCUUCUACUUACGGUAAUCAUUUACCUUAUUCUCAAAUUUAUUGGGAUAGUAUAUCGGGAGAUAGGGGAAGGUGUUUGUUUUUUGUUCUAGGUCUCUUGGAUAUUGUAGCCUCACCUAAUCUACAGGUCUGGAAAAAACCUUGAAAGGUUUCUUCUCAAUUUUGCAGUCAUUGAAUCUGCAAAUUGCUGGAGAGCAGGUUGUAUGAUGAAAGACAUUGACCCAUAUGUUUUUUUUUACCAUGUUGUAGCUAAUAUAAAUGCAAAAACUGUUGCACAUAAUCAUGGAGGAUUGCAUUAAAAAGCCACAAAAUUUUGAAUUAAAAAGUUUAUAUACAGUUUUUUUUCCCAUGAGUGAAUUAAGAAUGCUUAAAAAUGCAGAAUAACAUUUUGGUGCAACUCUAUUGGAAAUAGCUGAAAAUGAGGUUCCCUUCUUUCCUGCAAUUGGCUUUGACAACAUCUAUUCUACCACAUUCUGCCUUUGCAGACCAGGUUUCUAGUAUAUCAAGCCAAUUUCAACUGAGAGGGACAUUUCAGUGGCCUUGGAUCUCUUGCCUCCAAAUUUCAAGAAGAGGUUUCCUUUGUUUUUAUGGUUAUCAUAAAAAAAACUCUGCAAAAGAGCAUUGUCCAGCAUCUCCAUUUUGUUUUUCCUAUAAAGCUUUGGUUAGGACUAUUUCAUUUAUAUUCCGUAUUUUUGUCCAAGGGACAGACGUUAUCCUGCUCCCUGGCAAUACAGGAAAACCAAAUCAGCCUUUAUGGAUAGCUACUCUCCAGCCAGAAUGCCUCAAAUGAAUAAAACACAGAGGACAACCAAAAUGAUUUAAAUAGAUUGUGACCAAGAUCAGACUGUGAAGCUUGUCUGAAAAGCCUUUUUGCUGCUUGCAAAGAGUGUUAAUAAACCCCAUGAAUAAAAAUUGAUUAAUGGAACAUUUUCCUAUAAGAUGAAAAAAAGCACAAUCAAAGGUUUAACCUAAUCACUUGGUAUCUAGUAGCUGGUUUCCAGAGUCCAAGUUGAACUUAGGUUUCAUUCUUUCAAAUGGAAAAUUCCCAGCAUCUGAUCUUGAAAAUAGUUAAUGGCUUAUACUGUGGAUCUAUGUCUCUCCUAAGGGAAUUAGGGUUGUAUGGAAAGAGUGUUGAUGAACUUGUGACGGUGUCUAGCUAAGCCUACAGUACAGGACUGUUGAAAGGUUGAUACUUAAAAGUUCACCAAACAAUGUAAUACAUUAGAGGUCCCUCUCACCUUCCAAUUUGGACUUGGACCUUGUUGUUUAUGCUGAAGUACAAACCUGUAAUAUGUUUUUAGGAUGUGCUUUUUCCUGGAAUAAUAAAGAUGUGUAAGUC